AUGCCAGUCAAGAUGUCCAGGCAUUACACCGUCUGUGGCUGCGGAUCGUGGGUGUGGACGGAUCGGAUUGGCCCUCACAGGCCAUGUUGCCAGCAGUGUGGCAAACGCUGGCCACAGAAAGGGCCAAAGCAGGGAACGACGCAGGAUCCGCAAUGGGGUCCGUCUGUGAGAGUGUGGAGGUCUCCCGCUGCUGCACAGCAGCCCGAGCCCAAGACGCCGAGACCCCCUCGCCAGAACCAAGCGCAGAGGGCAUUGACAACCAUCUGGGAAUCCUUGCCUGAGCACGCGCGCCAGCAGAUUGAGGAGGCGGGGUGGAGACCUAAGAUCCCUCAGCCCCCGCCAGGCCUAUUCAGGCAAACCAAAGGAGGUGCAGGCAAAGGCAAGGGUGCAGUUGGAACAGCGGAAGUCCGGGAUGAGGCUGCUCAGGCUGAGGCUGCUCGGUCCCUGUUUGCCUCGGUGAGCGAAGAGCAGCGUGAGCUUCUAUGUAAGCUUGGCAUCCAAGAGCCCGAGGUGCAGCCUCCGGACCUUGCUUCAUUGUGUAAGCAACACAUCCGUGCCUUGCCAGCUGACAUCCAGAAGCUGCUGGAAGACCCUCCUGAGCGGCCACCCACGCCUCAGGAGGUCAUGAGCGAAACAAGCAAAAAAUUUAAAAUUGCCACUGCUGAAUUGAGGGACCUUAUUUUCCGGAAAGCUGCCUUGCAAGUGCGUCUGGAUAAGCAUAAAGAGCUGUACUCCAGCAUGUUGUCAGACAUGAAGUCCAUCAACGAGUCCUUGGAGGAGCGACAAAAGCUGGUGGCUUCCUUGCAAGGGGAAUUGCAAUCCUCUGUUGCUGGGGUCCCGGCCCCCGAGGCCUUGCCUGAGGCAACAGAGGCUCUUGCCAAGCAGGUUGAGGCCAUGGAUGUUGAUCAGCUUGACGACUACCGGCAGCGCCUUGUUGAAGCCAUUGAUGAAGCUGUAAAGCGCAGGCGUAAGGACGCACCGGCGCAGCAGGCAGCGCCGCCGAGCCCUGGUCCUGCAGGCAAGCCCGGCAAGAAGAUCAAGGAGCUAAUGGGCGUCUUCGGCGUGCCGACUAGUGUUCCGACAGAGCCCGCCGGGCCGAUUCAUCAGGGGAGAGAGGCGGCGGAACCGUCGGGCUGCCAUUUGCCGGUGGGAGAGUCCGUGUCUUCUGAAAGCCGCGUGUCCAUGUGGCACUUGAUUGAUGAGCGGCCUCUGCCUAGCGAGGCGGACGACAACAUCCCGGAGUCUGAAGAUUUAAAUUUUCUUCUUGAGGAUUCGGCUGUUGAUGAGGGUGAGUGGUACAGAGAGAUCAGGGACGAGGAUCAUGGUGUCGCUCCCAGUGAGUUUCCGCCUGGAUUGGACGGUGAAUCGCAAAUCGGCAGAGAGAGCGAGGAUCCAGUGCAUGAGGUCUCUGAUUCUUCGUUCUCCAGAUUGGCUGCUCACAGCUCCUUUAAGAGGCUAAGGCUGGAACGACCAAGGCAGGCGUGGGAGAGCCAUCCGACCUUUAACCGGAAGUCGGGUAGCUCGUCACUUCAUGCUUGGGCGAGUGCUGCUUUCCUUCCAUCGGUGGGUGUGCGAGAGACUUUAAACUUUCCGAAGCCGGAAGAGAGCUACGGAGGGGAAGAUGCAGCCCAUGUGCCUUGGACCAUCGAGCGACGACUGAAGGGAGUCCGCAUUCAGAGGUCCGAUGAAGAUGAGAGAAAUCAUGCUCUGAAGAAGCUUAAAGCUGUGGUGCUCCUGGACCCUUUGGCUACGGCUCUGGGUAAAAGUUUAGUGCAGAAAACGGGUGCUCUUGAGACGGAGGAGAUCAUUGCAGCGAGUUUUAGCGAUGCUUUCAGUUCAAAAUCGGCGGGUACGCUCACCAAAAGGGCUGGCUCUUUGCAGAGGCUGGUGGUUCAACUUUAUAAGCAAGGGGUGGCUUCUCCGUGGCGCAUGGAGGAGGCAGACUUGUAUUCGGCUUUGACCACACUGCGUGAGGAAGGUUGUGGGGCAACAUCACCAGCUCACAUGUUGGAGAGUUUACAUUUUCUUCAUGCCAUUGCAAGAUUUUUGCAUUUGGAUUUGGAGCUGGUGAUCUCUGCUAGAUGCAAGGGUGUUGCUCAUUCAUGCUUUAUGUCAAAGGCGCCGUUGGAGCAGCGUGACCCGCUGACAUGCUUCCAGGUGCGGCGACUUGAAGAGGCAAUGGUGAGAGCUGGCCCGGUUGGUCAAUGUAUCUUGGGACAGAUUUUAUUUUGCGUGCAUGCCGUUUGUCGCUGGAAGGAUUCCCAGAAACUAAAACUUUUGGAGCUGCUGGGCACGGGAGAGAGCCAGAUUCUGUUUGGGGAUGCUCUGGGAAGCAAGACGUCUUUGAGCAAGGAGGCCAAGACAAAAUUUACACCAUACGCGGCGCUGGCGCAGGGGCUUACUGAAUGCUCUUGGGCGCGCUUGUGGAUUGAAGCCAGACGCCAGUGUAGGCUCAAGUUCGGUGCUGGACCGGAUGGCUUUUGCCUUCCUACGAGGUCUCAGCGACUGGAUGAGUGGGGCUCCACGCCUAUGGGAGCUGGUGAGGCGUCUUCCUACUUAGCGGAGAUUUUGGAAGGCUCUGAAACGGAGGGACAAGUUCUGGGAACACAUUCCUUGAAAGUCACCCUGCUUACGUGGGCCUCUCGAUCGACAGUGGUGCGCCUGAGCAAAGGGGAACGUCUCCUGUUGGGUCACCACAUUGUACCGGGGGUCAAAAGUAUGGUGACUUAUAGCCGCGAGGCUUAUACGAGUUUGAUCGGCAAGCUUUUAGCUCUUUACCGCUCGAUUCGAAGCGGAGCUUUUCAGCCAGAUCUCGCGCCUGCCGACAGGGUGCUACAAGUUGCUGACGCCUUGGCCGCGGCUGAGGAAGGUCAAGGCCUGGGCACAGGAGCGCGGGAUGAGGCGGCCGCAGAGCAGUUGGCUGGGUUUGAGGGCGAAUCGGAGGACUCCGCAGAUGAUGCUGAGGCCGACGGGCCCUUUGAGCUUCCAGGCCAACCUGCAGUGAGAGUGCCGUUUGCUAAUGUCGAUGUUUCUCAGUGCCGGAUUCAUAGUAUAUCAGGCAUUGCGCAUUGCCUUCGGGAUGCAAGCUUCUUCUACUGUGGUCGUUUGUGCACUUCGAGAUACUCCAGAUAUUCUGGAGUUGGGACUGAAGAUCCCGAUGUAUGCAUGCAAUGUACGAGAGCCAUGAACGAGUGA